CAUGUCACAUAUUAUAAACUGCCAAAUCUACCCCCAAAAAACUAGAACCAGAUGUUAUAUUGAUAAGAUUACUAUACCUCUAGAUCAUUACAACGGCCAACGUUGGCUACUUGAGAAUACUUGUCCUAAACCCACAUCCAAACACGAACAUAGUUCUGCCAGUCCUCCUGCAGGGGGCGCGCUGGCGUUCUUGAAAGGGGGUGUGCCCUCUGCAAUCAGCAUUGGACAGCAGCUGCGUGCUGCUCCUCAAACAUCUUUAAAACCUGCUGGAAACACACGGACACGCACUCGUUCACCUGCUGCUGAUAACCGAGCGAAGAUGUUCUGCAGACGGGCAUUGCAGCGAGUCGGGCCGCUGGCACGGAGGGCUUUCAAACCGACAUCCAGAAAUGCUCCAGUGCGACACAUGUCCUUUGGGGUGCCUGGUGGCUCCACCAACAUGGCAUACUUUGUCCUGUGUGGAGGAGGCCUCACUGCUGCAGUUGUUUAUGCCUACAAGACAGUCAGCGGGGAUAGUGAGCCCCAUGAGGACCGACUCGCCAGCAUGGCCCCGACAGAAAAGGCACCAGAAGUAGCAGCUCCUGCAGCUGAACCCGCCCCAGUGGAGGAGGCAGCGCCAGCCCCCGAGGUCGUCGCAGAGUCGGUCCCUGCUAUUGCCGAAACCGAGGCUGCUGCCGAACCUGUCAUUGCAGAGUCUGUCCCUCCUCCUGCAGAACCAGUAGCGGAGACCGCUGCCGAACCCAUCGUCGAGGCUGUGUCUGAAGCAGCCUCAGUGGCCUCUGAGGUGGUCGGUGCGGAGCCAGCAACAGAAGAAGCUGCUCCACCUGCAGAGGCAGAGGAGGUCGCUGUCGCAGAGGAGGUCGCUGUCGCAGAGGAGGUCGCUGUCGCAGAGGAGGUCGCUGUCGCAGAGGAGGUCGCUGUCUCAGAGAGUGCUGGUACGGCAGUAGUAGAUGAAGCCCUUCUUGCCCCUCCUGCUCCCGCUGCUGAAGCAGAGACUGGCUCUGCAGCCCCAGAGGCUAACGUGGCACCUGCUGCAGAGGUGGCUGCAUAAAGCUGUGAUGGUGCCUAGAUUCCCAGGAAAUAGGUCUUGGAGUUAGUUGUGCUGUGUCCCACCUCUGAGCCCAGGAAAAAGGGACUCAUGAAACCCUAUUGUGAUAAAUGUGGGUAACGCUUCUGGUUGUUUUAAUAAAUACCAGUUAGGGGUUCAUUAGUCCAGUUUUUGGGCUCCUUCCUUCCCUUAGCCCAACCUCCAGACCCAAACCACAACUUUGGUAUUGGGCUGUGUUUUAGAUUCAGUUUGGAAAAUUCCAUUUCUAUAGGAAUUUUUUUUUUUAAUAACCAGAGCAAAUCCAAAUUAUGGUUUGUAUGCUGUACAGUUAAGAGGAGUGUUGAACUAGGUGAUAAAAGGGAUAGAACUGAGUUGAUGGCUAAUGUUGUUCGAUAUGCCUUUUUUGCUUCUUUUAUACAGGACAGCCUCCCAUUUCUUUGCCUUAUCAAUGUCAGCACGGUGAAUGAAUGUAGCCCAUCUUUGAUGUCUUGUCAACGUUUGCACUUGGUUGUCAGCUAUAUGCUUUGAAUCAUUGCUUAGGUUAGCUUUAGUCUGCAAACCUUAGAGAUGGAACACAGUCACUUGACCAAAAACAGUUUGCUCUUUUCCUGGUUGCAGCUCGUGUCUAGUUGUCGUCAUAAUUUUCCUUAUGACCAUAUAUUCUUCCUUACACAUUCAAAUACUUUGGAAGUUUCCCAGCCAUGAAGCAAAUACUUUUUUUUUUUUUUUGUCUGUCAAACUUACUUCUCCCGUUUCUUUCUUUGAAAUGUGAAGUCUUUCAGAAAACGCUACAGACAUUUUAUUGUCAUUGAGCAAGUUGCCAUUAUGACUAAUGCAGUUUUCAAAGAAUAAAACAUCACUGGAUGAGAAGUC